AUGUCUCUCCUCUCCCGGCAUCUAGAGCAAAUCUCCCUCUGCUCAGAAUCAAUAGCAAGCCUCCCCUUCCCCCCACCCAAAAUCUUCACCAACGCCCUCCUCUCCACCCCCGACAUAACCUCUCUAAUCCGCGACACCGAGCCCCACGAACGCGCCCUCUUCUCCGUCCCUCCGCCGCCCCCGCACCUCACCUCUUCAAACCCAUUCCCCGACACCAAUAAAUCCUCGCGCCGCCAAACAGUCUUCAGCGUUGCCUCGGGAGGAGAAGUAACGACAUCGUCCGGCCCUUCACGUGUCCCGCGCAGGAACACGGCUGUUGCUGCUGUGCUAGGACCAGAGCUACAUCAGGAGGUUAGGAAGACCGAGGGGAAAGGGGACAUUGAUAUUGAGGUGUUGCUGAGGGGCGUAGAGAAGCUUAAUGCUGUGUUUGAGGUGAGGGGAGUGCCGGAACGGGUACAUAAUGUGAGGUCGAAGUAUGGGAGGCUGAAGGACAGUGUUGAAUUUUAUGAGAGGAAGGCGCAGAGACUAGGCAGGGACUUGGAGGGAAUUAACAGGGGGGGAUCGGUGGGAUGA